AUGGCUAGCAGCACCUGCCAGGCUCUGCUGGACCGCUUUCUGGAGGAGAGCUACUCAGAUCAGCUGUUCCCUCAUCAUCUGGGUUUGGAAGAGGACAGCCAAAUUGCCUCCUGCGAUUUUGAGUCAUCAUGCCUCUGGACUUUAUCAAAUCACACCGAUCAGAGUGAUUGGUUGGUGGUGUCGCCACAGCAAUCCGGAGGUGCUGAGGCUGGGAUGAUGCCUGUGACCGACCACUCAGUGGGAAGCUCUGAUGGGCACUUCCUUCACCUAAGCUCCUCUCCUGCUGCAGAGGCCUCCAGGAGAUGUGAGUACCACUUAACCAGCCCAGUUCUGCCUGUGAGCGGACGGUUCUGUACGCUACAGGUGGCUCUGUACGAGACCGGUCCAGUGUGGGGGAACCUCACAGUCCUGAUCAAGCCCGUCCUCUCAGGUUCAGCUGUUCACUCGGUGGUUUUGAACGACAGGAGACACGAGGAGCACAGGGGCGAGUGGGAGGUUCUAGAGACUUUGAUUGGCCAGAUGGAGGAGCCCUUUCAGGUGACUCUGCUGUACACUUCCUGUCAGGGCGAUAACAGAGUGACAGUGGCUCUGGACUCUCUGGAGCUCAUUGACUGUGAUUCAGAUCAGAUCACUGAUCUGGACGCAGCAUGUGGGGAAUCUUUCCACUGUGGAAACUCAGGAGGCUGCAUCGACCAGAGCCAAGUGUGCAACUUUCACACUGACUGUCCUUUUGGAGAGGAUGAGGGCUUCAUCUGUGGAGCUCUUCUCUUCGGCUCACAUUGUUCUUUUGAGCUGGACGCGUGCGGCUGGUCUGUGUCCAACAAUCGCUCGGCCUGGAGACGGGUCACUGGAGACCAGUUUCUGGAGGAUGAAGACAUGAAGGGUGUCACUCUGCAGCAUACACCAGGGCACUUUCUGUUUCUGCAGGUGAGGGAAAAUAAUAUCCUGCGAGAGGCAUCCAUUCAGAGCUCAUCCUUUCCUGCCCCAGUGUCUUCUACUGACUGUCAGAUGCGUUUCUCUCUCUACCUGUACGGUGACUUUAAUGGUUCGUUGCUGGUGGCAAUUGAGGAGAAUGGGACCACCACUGCACCCCUGGUGUGGGAGAGAAAUGGACAGUGGACAGAUGACUGGGAAGAUGUUGCCCUGCAGCUUACUGGCCUUCAUUACGGGUUUCAUGUGAAGGUGACAGCUGUGUGGGGGGAAGGCUCGAGUGCUGAUGUUGCUCUUGAUGACAUUGCGAUUGGAGCAGCCUGCUUCAACAAAGAUCUCAACUCUCUGCUGACCAUGGCAGACUUGGAGGAUUUCUUAAGCCCCCUUCCUGAGCCUUCAGCCUCAGGUAGUUUCUUGAUGACGUGGUGGUUUAACUCAUGUGGUGCCAGCGGUCCCCACGGUCCAACCCAGGCCCAGUGUGACAACACCUACAGGAACAAAAACGUCAGUGUUACUGUGGGGAAGGAAGGAUCCUUGAAAGGCGUUCAGAUAUGGAGGGUACCUGCUACUAACAGAUACCUGAUCUCUGCUUACGGGGCUGCAGGAGGCAAAGGAGCAAAAAACCACAACAAGCGCAACCAUGGAGUCUUCAUAUCUGCUAUAUUUCCUCUGGAGAAAGGAGACGUAAUUCAUAUCUUAGUGGGCCACCAGGGAGAGGACGCAUGCCCGGGGAGAAAUCCCCUCACCCAGAAAAUCUGCCUGGGAGAGUCAUCUGUGAUUGAAGACAACUUCAGGGGAGGGGCUGGUGCAGAGUGUGCUGGGGGAGGAGGCGGAGGAGGGGGAGCCACUUAUAUCUUUAAGAUGGAGGGAGGGGAGCUAGUUCCCUUGCUGAUUGCGGCUGGUGGAGGAGGAAAUGCCUACAUGGAGGACCCAGAUUCCAGUCUGGAUCAGAUUCCACUGGAGCAGUAUGAAAACAGCACCACUGCUUCAAGUACCAAUGGUCAAACUGGCGCUGCAGGUGGAGGUGGAGGCUGGAAAGACAGUCCCAAUCCUAACCUGAGGGCAGGAAAGUCUCUAGUAGAGGGCGCUGAGGGAGGGUCAUCAUGCCCCCUGGCCGUGUCUAAGCUCGGCUGGUCUACCUAUGGAGGCUUUGGAGGUGGUGGUGGGGCCUGCACGGUUGGAGGCGGUGGAGGAGGUUACAAAGGAGGUGACGCUGCGCUGACAGAUGAGCUCACAGCCGACGGUCAGAAUGGGAUCUCGUUUAUUCACCCGACGGGAGAGAUUUUCCUUCAGCCCCUGGCAGCCAUGGAGAGCCACGGCGAGUGUGAGAUCAAAGUAAAGCUGAACUGCAGCCACUGUCUGACACAGAGCUGCAAACGAGAAGAAGACACACACCUCAUUCUCUGCCUCUGUGAAGAGGACGAAGUUCUGGCCAGUGACAAUGUGACAUGUAUCCGCAUUGUGGGUUCUCAGGGCCCAGCUCCACAGGGCCAGUUGUCAUCGACUUUGAUUCUGGCAGUCGUGGUCUCCACCAUCACGAGCGGCGUUGCUCUGAUCUGCGCCGGCGUCAUCCUCAUGUGGUACCGCAGGAAGAACGACCUGCAUGCAGUGAGGGGACGUCUGCAGAGUCCAGAGUACAAGCUGAGUAAGAUUCGCUCCUCCACCAUCAUGACGGACUACAACCCAAACUACUGCUUUGCAGGGAAAGCUGCGUCACUCAAUGAACUGAAGGAAGUACCGCGCAAGAACAUCACACUUCUCAGAGCUCUCGGCCAUGGUGCGUUUGGGGAGGUGUAUGAAGGACAAGUUUUGGGAAUGAGUGCUGACAACAGUCCAAUGCAGGUGGCGAUAAAGACUCUUCCAGAAAUCUGCUCUGAACAGGAUGAAAUGGAUUUCCUGAUGGAGGCUCUGAUUAUGAGUAAGUUCAGCCAUGAUAACAUAGUCCGCUGCAUCGGUGUCAGUUUGAAUAUCCUGCCACGUUUCAUCCUGCUGGAGCUGAUGACCGGAGGAGACAUGAAGAGCUUCCUGAGACAGAACAGGCCACGAGCUGGUCAGACCUCUUGUCUCACCAUGCGGGACCUGCUGCAGAUGGCCAGAGACAUCGCCUUUGGGUGUCGCUACCUGGAGGAGAACCACUUUAUACACAGAGACAUCGCUGCUAGAAAUUGCCUGCUUACUUGCCCUGGACCAGACAGAGUUGCCAAAAUAGGAGACUUUGGCAUGGCACGAGAUAUUUACAGAGCAAGCUAUUACAGGAAAGGUGGUCGUGCAAUGCUGCCGGUCAAAUGGAUGCCACCAGAGGCCUUCAUGGAGGGAAUCUUCACCUGCAAGACUGAUACAUGGUCGUUCGGAGUGCUGCUAUGGGAGAUCUUCUCCCUGGGUUACAUGCCGUAUCCCUGCAAAACCAACCAAGAGGUGCUGGAGUUUGUUACCAGUGGAGGCAGGAUGGAUCCUCCUAAGAGCUGUCCUGGGCCUGUCUAUCGAAUCAUGACUCAGUGUUGGCAGCAUUGUCCCGAGCACCGACCAAACUUUUCUUCCAUCCUGGAGAGAAUAAAUUACUGCUCUCAGGACCCAGACGUGAUCAACACACCCCUGCCUGUGGAAUACACCCCCAAUUCAGAGGAUGAUGGUGGUUUAAUAAUCCGUCCCUCUGACCACACCUCCUCCAGCCUCACCCCACUCCUGGUGUCCCAUCCUGUUACCCAGGAUUCCUCCCAGCUUGGUCUUUCCUCUCUUGGCUUGGGUUCCAGCCCUCUGCCCCCACAGCCCACAAAGCCCCGUCUGCUUCUCCAGAGAACCCAACCUGUCCAACAGGAAGUGACGUCAUGUCGUGAGACUCUGGAGCCGUCCUGGGCCGAGUCUGUCCCUGCUCCUGGCUUGUCAACAGCAGGCAUGUGCGCAGGAGGCCACUGGUUCCACCCUGAGCCUCCUCAUCACCGACCCUGCUCCAGGAACAGCUCCUCUUCGGGGAGCCAGAGGCUGAAGAACAAGACGAAGAACCUGUGGAACCCCACAUAUGGCUCCUGGGUUUUAGAAAACUUCAGAGGGAAGAAAACACUCUCUCACACUCAGUCCAUGCCGCUCUCAAGCUCGCCUACCAGUACCUCCAGCACUCAGGCACCUCAGACCUGCAGCCUGGCUUCAGAGAACCACGACGCUGGAUGUGACAGCCCCCCCAGCCUCUGCCCUCCUUCGACUCCAUCCCCAUCUUGCCAGGCUCAAGCUGCCAUGAGCUUGUCCACCCAUAAAGCCCCAGUAGGUGGUAGCAGUAAGGCUGGUAUGGACCUGGCUAAACUGCAGAGUUUCCCUUGUGGCAACGUCAACUACGCCUAUGAUGAGCAAAGCUACGAGGCAGAAAGUCUGCCCCUGGUUAACCCCAAAGCUUCAGAAACCAUCACCAACACCAGCUCGGCCCCCAGUGUCUCCUCAGGAACCAGUCUGGGACUGACGUUCGGCCUCCACACCUCCUCUUCCUGUAUGCCAAAACUGCUGCUGAAACGCCACGCCAGCUACGGACAUGAGGACGUGAGGAGACACACCAAAGCUGAGAAACCCACCCGGGAUCGAGACUCAGGCUUUUCUCUGUCUGAAGACCUCAGUGUAACUCCCUUCUGAAUAACAAACGACUGUAACAGGGACUCUAAAUGAUAAUAGAAUUAAAUCUCAGAUGGAGCCCCUUUCUUCAGAACCCAUGACAUGAGUUUUGGAUUUCUGGAACAACAAGUACAAACACAAUGUUCCCUCACCAAGGUCUGAGAGCCACAACAUCAAAUCAUUAGAGCUCCUGGAAUGCUGGAAACACUCACAUGUCACAAACGCUCCUCUGCACUGUGAUACAACGCUGGACUCAGAGCACCGUUCAGGGCUUCUGGUACACUGGUAGCUGAACAGUGAAGCUGAAACGCAGGGCAUCAUGAGGCCGUGCACUCUCUCAUUGACCACAAUGUUGGCACCUGCUGACAUGAAUAACUGAUGUAUAGUUUGACUCCCUUUUUUUCUACCUUUUAGGUUAGAUUUGUUGUUUUCAUGAAUGCUUUGGCAGUAUGUUUUUUUUUUUGUUGCAUCUUGAUAAUGAUUUGGUUUAGUUUGUAGUGUACAGUUUGACCGGAACAAGCAGGAAAACAUUGAGCCAUUGGGAAGAUAAUCUAAAAGCAUGUUUUUUCAGGUCAACGUUUCUGCAAAGUUUCUGUGAACAUUAAUUAUUUUAUUCAUUUUUAAGUUACCAAUGGUACAGCCAGGUAAGCUUCCAUAACUCUAAUCUCCUUUCAACCUAGAUAAUGUGAAACACAUACACUUAAAUAUACUGAAACAAAAGGUAUUUACGAAAGCUAGGCUAUAACACAUGCACAAAAUAAAAUCUCAAAAAUA